GCCCGCCAGCACGAAGAAGGCGAAGUACAGGAACCGGUAGUGCGCAGUCGUCCCGGCGCGUCGUCCCGGCCAGUCGUCCCGGCGCAGUCGUCCCGGGCCAGUCGUCCCGGCGCAGUCGUCCCGGCGCAGUCGGGGGGAACCAAGAUUCCGCGGGCGCAGUUCCCGCCGGAGCCGAAACGCCGCGCGCCGGGCCCCGGGCGCAUGCUCACACAGGCAGCGGCCCUCACCUGGCGCAGGCACUGAGGGGCUACGGUGCCUUGGGCCCCGCGCCGGGUCCGCCCCGCUUCAGAGGUUUUCGAACGGUGCGGGCCCCGGGUCUCGCUGUCUUCGCGCCUCCCCAGUGACUCAGAGGCAGAGUGGCCUUGGCCAACGUGCAAACCGACCCAGGAACCAGAUGAGCAGAGACAUCUGCGUCCACACCUGGCCAUGUUCUUAUUAUUUAGAACUUGAGAAGCGAUGGAUCCCUGGAAAACUUUCAUUAACUCCUCUCUCACUAAAAUUUAUGACUGAUAAAACUGGAGAGAUUCUUGUCAACUUUCCGCUUUCUAGUAUAAUUGAGAUCAAGAAAGAGGCUUCUCAUUUUAUCUUCAGUUCUAUCACCAUCCUGGAGAAGGACCACGUCAAGCACUGGUUCAGUUCCUUGCAGCCUAGUCGAAAUGUUGUUUUCAGCAUCAUCGAGCAUUUCUGGAGAGAGCUGCUGCUGUCCCAGCCUGGAGCUGCUGUCGAGGGUUCCUCCUCCCCCGCGACCAAGGGCAAGGAGCUGACUUGUCUGAUGGCCUGUUCCCAGAAGCGUCUGGAAGACACAACCAGAGUCCUCCACCAUCAGGGAGAGCAGCUCGACAGCAUAGCCAGAGGCCUGGACAAGAUGGAGUCUGACCUGGACGUGGCUGACAGGUUGCUGACAGAGCUGGAAUCUCCUUCUUGGUGGCCCUUUAGCUCCAGGCUUUGGAAGGUGCCAUCAGAAACAAAACGCAGCGCGGGCGCCUCCGUGGCUAGUUCCAAAGCUUCUGGAAGAGAAGGGAUAGUGAUCAGAAUUCCUGCUGUUAUUUCCCAAAGAACAGAAUCUCGGGUUAAACCAGGAAAGUUCACCGUCCUUGUUUCUGGGUUGGAAAUCCACGACUCAGACUCCUUGCUCAUGCACAGAUUUGAAAGAGAAGAUGUAGAUGACAUCAAGGUUCACACACCUUAUGAAGUCAGCAUCCGUCAGCGGUUCAUUGGGAAGCCAGACAUAGCUUAUCGUCUGAUAUCUGCCAAGAUGCCAGAGGUUAUCCCCGUUUUGGAAGUGCAGUUCAGCAAGAAGAUCGAGUUGUUAGAGGAUGCCUGGAUGUUCGGAAGCACUGCAACCGCUUCCCCAGCAGAGAAGGGCUACUCAGUCUGGCUUGCAGAUCCUGAAGAAACUGAAGGAUCUUGCCUUGGAUGCCGAGACGGAGCUGGAGAGACAGGAUGAGGCCCUGGACGACCUCACUGCAGCGGUGGACCGGACAACCUUAACCAUUGACAAGCACAAUCGACGAAUGAAAAAACUAACAUAGGAGGAAAAGAAACCAUAGAGGUGACUGCUUUUAAUGAGAAUCACUUCUCUGAAUAUGUUGUUCUCAACCCCUGCAUGCUUCCUUGAAAUGAAGACCCCAGGAAGUCAUUCCAAGGGCCCUGUCCCAGGAGGUGCACGGCUGCCUCAGGAUGGAAGGCGGCUGUGAGGGCGGUGGGCAGCUUAGCUUGGGGUAAUCAUGGCUGCACCAAGGGAUCUGAAGGUAAAGCUACAGGAGGGGAGUUCUUCCUGCAAACGCAGUGAGCAGCCUUCCCACAAGGCGCUCUCGGGCUGCGCGGGGAGCCAGGAGCACAUGUGCAUUCGGAUCUGGGGCUCAGCCCUACUGAGGCGGCCACCGCAGCACGGUGGCUCUUCCCCUGAGGGUAGGCUGCACCCAGUACUCAGGGGCCACUGCAUGGUCACAACCCCAGGCCUCCAGCAGCACAGCUAACCGCGCUUUCAUCCUUUCUCCAUUCUUGAUAAGCAUAAAAGGAUGAGUUGUCUCUGUGAAAGCGGUCUACUUAUUUCUAACUCUCUGCCCAUCUGAACACUGCAGGCGUACCCCGUGUGAACAGAAUCUCUCCUCUGGGGCCACAUUCAGGCCUGAGCCGCCUCUCCUACGUGGACCGCUCGGCCUAGACCCCACGGCCUUUCCUUUCGUUCCAUUUCCCUCUGGUAGACAGGUCAGUGUCUGGUUAUAUUGUGAUCUUCCAACCAAAGCUGAGAGUCCAGUCACCUCAAGGUCAUCCUAUAAAUACUCUUUCACUGCCCAGUUUUUAGUCAAACAUGAAAAUAGUACAAACUACCUAUUUUAAAAAGUAAUUUUUGCUUUUCUGCCCCAUUUCUAUUCAGAAACAAAAGACAAGUGCUAAUUUUAAGACAUUUUUUGAAGAUAUGCAUUGAUGCUGCUUUCCGCUUGGUUUGGGGUGUCUUAGUGUGUCCCUGGGAAAGCCCCUCAUGGGAAGACAAGGGGAAAGUAGAGAAGUGGGCGAUCCCCUUUCCUUCUCACCACAGGCCACCCCAGACUGCUCUGCAGUAGCCCCUCAAAGAACUACGCACCAAGAGGCUCACUGAGACCUCCCAGAGAUGGUACUUUAAAGUACCUCUCCUACAGCCCUGCCAGGAAGGAGCCUCCAGGCCGUGCGCCGCCCCGCAGCACUGCUCCACUUGCGUCCUAAGCCCUGGAUGUUUUUAAGAAUGAGUUCACAGGUGCAGUGUUAGCUUUCUGGGGCUGCCCUAACGAAGUACCGCAAACGGGGCUUACUGCAAUGCGAAUGCACUCUCUCCCAAGUCUGGAGGCCAGGGUCAAGGUGUGAGCACGCUGUGUCCUUCUGGAGGCUCUAGGGGAGGCUCUUUCCUGCCCCUGCCAGCUGCUGGUGCCUCUGGUGUCCCUGGGCUUGUGGCUACAUCACCCUAAUUUCUGCCUCCGUUUCACCUGGCCGUCUUCCUUUGUCUCUGUGUCUCAAGUCUGCCUCUCCUUUCUCCUGUAAGGACACCUGUCAUUGGAGUCAGGGCUCACCUAAUCCAGGGUGAUCUCUUUGCAAGGUACUUACCUUGAUGACAUCUACAAAGACCCUAUUUCCAGAUAAGGGCACGUGCUGAGGUUCUCAGUGGGCAUGAAUUUGGGGCCGUCUAGGGAUGUGCAGCCUUGGGAAGCUGACCUAUUCCAAGAAGACAUGGAAAGUAGCCCUUCUAGAAAGUCACGUUCAUAAGGGCUUUUGAUUCUUUUUUUAACUUGCUAACUUACAUCCCUAGUCUCUGUUCGUCUCAUUUGGUUUGUACUUACCAGCCUCCAAAAUGAGAGGUGGGCCUGUUCUCUCAAGGUUCCUUACUGCAAUGCAGGCGUGUGAGCGGCUGCCCUUGACAGUGCCUGGCACAUCAGGGGUUGGGGCCCUCAAAGUUCAGGCCCAUUUCAGGGGCGGUCUGGCCCCCGGGUGGCCUCUUCUCCUUAUCCUUGACAGGGAGGGGCAGCGAGGGCGCAACAGAUGUGACGAUGUGUCAGAAAGGACAGUUACCGAGAGCUCAUGCCCGGAGGCGGCAGCAGCUGGAUCCUUGUCCUCGUGGAACUUGGAGCAGUGCUGGGGGCGGGGCAGCCCAUGAGGAGCAAGCUUCCCCGAGGCCGAGUGCCUGGUUCUCACCAUGGCCACACACUGGGCUCGGGCCAGGGCCUCAGAAGACACCAACACAUGUGCGUGCACACACCGAUCCCGGGCCCCUCAGUCAGCAUCUCUGUGGGCACACACGCUCCACAGAUGUUUCUAAGGAGCACACAGGACAAGAUCCACAGGCCAAGGGACUUAGCUACCACCAGGCCUAUUUUCUCUCUCUCUCCAUCUAGCUUGGAGAGCCCUGGGCAGCUAAAAUGAAAGUGAAUCUGUUCCAUUCGUAAUGCUGUUCUGAAUCCAGGCAGACCCCGCUCAGGGGUUCUCAGCUCAGCCUUCAGUGGCCCGUUGGCACCUCCUUGUCCUGAAAACAGAUACCAUCCAGCACUCAUGGGGCAUCAGGGCUGCACACACCUCGGCUGCUAACAGGCCUCUAGAAAGCAGGGAGUGGGACCCGGCUGGUGGCCUGUGCCUGUGAGUUAGCGCUGAGCGCUGUGGGCCUCACCUUCUCCUUAUCCAUCACUUGGGAACGCAUAAAGCCCCGACACUCUGGGCAUACAGGUGUGUGGUACUGAAGACAUUGUACCACAACAGGAUUAUUCUCCAGGACUUUUCUCUCCCAUGAAUAAUUGUUAGAGACUAUGGUCUGUCUAUGUGGAGACUUAAAGAGAGUUAAAAAAAAAAAAAGCCAUCAAGAGCCAUUUUAUGCUAUUUUUUAAACCUUGGCCCCAGAGUUAAGUUUUUUUAAGCAUAACCCCUUCCAGGAAGUAGCAGAAAAUCCAUCUGUCAGACCGUUAGUCACUAAGGCUGAAACAAAGUUGCCAAGAACCCUGUAAAGCCAGGCAGUGACUCCCACAGCACACUGGUCCCCAGCCCAGGUGCACUGACUCCACCUCCCACCGCUCCCUCAACUCUUGGUGCUCCGGCUCUGCCUCCACAUUCUGGGCACGGGAGGGGCACGAGGGGGAUCGGACACUGGGAAUACCGGGGGAAGGAGAGGAGCAGGUAGGCUGGGGAUCUCCUGCCAUCCUCAGGCAGCCCAGGAACUAAGUGUCACGAUGCCUGGAACCCAGUGGAUCCCAUCAGGUGAGCAGACCCUCAAGAGACUGGCAGGAAUGGCGCACAAUCCCAUUGUCUCACCAUCAUUGCCAGUGUUUGGCUCAGGACCUGUUGUGUCUCCUGUUUUGUUUUUUUACUUUCCUGUUAUGGAGCUUGCCCUCUGACAUUGAUUGGUUUGUGUACAGGGUCAAGCUCACCCGUGUGCUUUAUUUCAGCACCAAAAUCUGUUUGCCCCUUAACCUGUGGCGGAGGGAAUGGAUUCUGUUAGUUUGUUGUCACUCCUUAAGGCGUUUGCACUUCCUAAAAUACCAAAUGCUUUGAGCUCAGUUUUACACUCUGUAAAGGUGGGCAAAAUGCAAGACCCACGUCUGAUGCAGCUGUGAGACCAACAUGGAGCUGAAAUGAAGCUGCUUUGACAUUUCAUCAAAAAUGGCUGAAUCUUUCAUUUGUUUAGGGCAGAGGUCAGCAGACUUUGUCUAUAAAAGGCCAGGUAGAAAAUAAUACUUCAUUUUUCAAGCCAUCAUGACGUCUGUUGAAAUGUCUCAGGCCUGCUGUUAAAUGAAGGCAGCCUGGGCUUCUGAGCAGACGGACAUGCUAUGCUCCCAAUAAAACUGCCUGUGAGAUUAGAACGUGUAUUUCAUGUGUUGUGAAAUGUUUUCUCACUUUGAUUUUCUUCUUUAAGCCAUUUGAAAAUUCAGGCAUGUCCUUAGCUUGCAGGUUGUGAGAACAGGCUGCAGGUGACUGUAGCCACCUGCCCAGGUGGGUGUGUUCCUUUUGAGGUUUCACAUCAGAGUUGUGCAGCCUGGGCUGCCCUGGAGGGCAGCGUCCUUCCCUCCUCAGCCCGAGCAUGGCCCGAGCCCGUCACAUAGCACUGCUGCCAGUGGCCAGAGCUGAACCUAGGCUCGUGGCUGGGAGGCUUCUUGGUAUUCUCGCUAUAAAAGAUGAAAAAGGACAUAAUGAAAAAGACAAAAAGAACAUAAUGAAACAUGAGAAAUUAAUGACAAAAUCUUUAAAAGAGUCUAUUGUGAAAAAAAUGGAGAUAUGAAAACUGUUUGAUGGGGGGGGGAUAGCUCAGUGGUACAGUGACUGUGGAGCACGCACGAGGUCGUGGGUUCAAUCCCCAGCACCUCCAUUAGUAAAUAAAUAAACCUAAUUACCUACCCCCACCCCCCAAAAAAAACCCAAAAGAAAAAAGAAAAAUGUUUGAAUACAUUUGAAUGUGUGUAGAUUCAUGGUUAUGGUUGUAUUUGGGUAUGUCUUAGGGAAAGUGACACUUUCUCAAAGUUGAUCAUUAAGGAUUCAGGAUCUAAUGUCAGAUAUAAGUUCUUUAUGAUAUGAAAAAACUGUUGAGUCUCUUCAGAUUUCUCUGGAAAUAAAAUGAGCAGAUGAAGGAUG